AUGGAUUCCACGCAGCACCGGUGGAAGGUCUCCCUGGGGAAGAAGCCAGAGACCUUGUGCCCCCCAGAACACAAGCAGCCCUUGACCCAGGGGGCACCAGCAGCCACCUGGAACCAGCCUAGCACACAAAGCGGUGUCCAGCAGGGACUGCAGACUCAGGACUGGGUGUGCGAGCAGCCGGAGCUCCAUGGCCCAGGCCGUCGCUGGAGCCUGAGCAUCGAGGAGCGCAGGCGUCUGGCGGUGCUGGGUGCCCAGGGGAAGCUGGGAGCGGGGACCCCCACCGGCUGCAGGGACAUCACACAGGUGGUGUCUCAGCUGGUGUCCGAGGACGUGGACAAGGACGUGCUCAUCCCUCACCCACCAAGGUCCGCUGAGUCCAGGAAUGCCUUUCACACCUUCAUAAUCUGA